AUGGCUGCUUCCUUGAGAGCAGCCGUCGUCAGCUUGUUUUUUAUUUUACUUCAAUUUGUUCUCAUUCUCAAUCUGCAAACAGAUAAUAUAUACGUACCAAUUGGUCAAGAAAGAUACAGUGAAGAAGAGGGGUAUCAUUAUAACCCUGAAGGGCCUUUGGUCCUCUGUGAGUACCUGCCAGAAGAGUUUAUUGGUUGUGAAGAGCCAACUGAUCAUGAUGGGAACCUGACAGCUAGGGAUGAGUUAGGAUAUGGUUGUGUUAAGUGGGGCGGCCAGAAGUAUGAUGAAGUGGAGAAGACCAAAGUAGUGUGCCGCGUGUUAGAUUACAUCGAAUGUUUUGGCAACAGAACUUUUUUCAAGGAUGGAGUACCAUGUAUCAAGUACACAGGGCAUUAUUUUGUUGUCACUCUCAUCUACUCUGUUCUACUGGGCUUUUUAGGCAUAGACAGGUUUUGUCUAGGUCACACUGGGACAGCUGUAGGCAAGUUGAUGACAUUGGGAGGAGUUGGGAUAUGGUGGAUAGUGGACAUCAUUUUACUUGUAACUGGGCAGCUUUUACCGGAGGAUGGCAGCAAUUGGAUGCCAAACUAUUAAAAUUUGCAUGAUAACAGAUGGAUAUCUACUAAAUUAUAGAAAGGCAUACAACAUCUUGAUGAGAAGUUAUCCCAAGAAAGUGCAGUUCAUCAGUGCUGAUUGACAUUGCCAGACUGAGGGCUGUUCUGGAAGUGUAAAGCUCUGACCAUAUAACACAGGUCUGUGGCAUGAUGAUGCUUAGUGAAUACCACAAUUAAACUCUACUAUCCUGCAAGUGGUUUUAGUGUUGCUCACAAGGGCAUAACUGGUUUUCUUCUCUGUAAUUCACAUUAAAACUAGAUACCUACUAGUUUGUACAUGCAUAAAUUUGACGACAUCUGCCAGUGUUGAUAAACAUUCCUAUUAACAGACUCCAUAUUGAAAAAUUAAAAAAAAAAGAAAAGAAAAAUUGAGUCCAUACUUAAGGAUUAUUAUGGCAGAUUUUUUUUAUUGAAAAUAGCACAGCCAGCAUGCACCUUUGAUCUGCCAACAGAAUUAUAACAUAUUGGUAUUGCCAAGUGCAGAUUGUAGACAAGGGUGUAUAUCAAGAAGGUAUAACUGACCACAUAAUAAGAAAAGGUAGUAAAUGUUUUUAAAAAUAUGAGGUAGAUGUGUGUGUGUGUGUGUGUGUGUGGCUUUCUUUAACACAUUUGGGAGGAAAGUUGAAUUUCUCUAAUAAUUGUUGUCUCAUUAUUGCCAGAAUAAAUGUAUGUCAUAAAAUGUAAAAGAAUUGUACAUAGAUGUAAAUUAUGACCAAAAAAUGUUAUUUGUAAAUAAACACUUGUAUAUUUGCAGUAAUUUACGUU